GCAUGACUGUGAACAAGUCAAAGAUCCGAAUGCAUGACAUCAAGCAAUGGUCUGUCUCACUCGCGUCAUUCAUUCAUUCUGGUGAAACAGAUGCACAGUCAUUUGCACACGUAGGUGGGUAGAUAGGUACACAACAGACAGGCCUGUCGAUCGGUCAACAAAUAGUCGAAUGAGCGCAUGAACACAUGCUUAGACAGACGCACCACCGUCACCAGGCCAUGCAGCCCACAGCUAUACACAGACUGCAUCAGCCCUUCUUGUCAGUCCGCAUCUGCCUCUCGCGCCCUUGCACCUCCAUAAGCAUAUCAUCGUCUCGCACACGCAGCCGCACCAGCGCACCAGCCACCAUCUGCAGCUCCCGCCCACCCAUCGAACCGAGCCGCCCCUUGACAGCCUCCUUAACCCUCGCGAUGCUCCGCUCCGACACACACCCCUCCACAUUCGCCAAAGCGGAGAGCAGCCGACACAGCUGGCGGUUCGACAACUUCCCCUCUCUCCCCUCGAUAUGCUGCACCGCCUCAGCGAGCAGACGGUGGUCUCUCAGCCCCUUCCUGACUCUUGACAGCCCCCAUAGCGUGUCCACCAGUGCCUGGGCGUCGAGCCACUUCAGUUGCAGACGGACAGACCGGUUCAGCAGUGCAAACAGCUGGUUCUCGGUGUCUUGAUCGAGUGACAUGGCUUCCACAUUCGCAUAUACCAAGACCAUCUGGCUCACAUCGGGCGCUGUAAAGUCCCGGAAUAGCUGGGGCGAUCCACACAGGAAUACAGACAGCUGGCGAAAGAAGGGAUGGUCGAAAGGCAGCAUUUUGGACAACGUCCAGACGGCGCUGCAAAGCCCCCGGCAGUCAAGCCGCCCAAAGUCUCGACGGAUGCCGUCUGCCAGGCGGUCGGCGAACCCUUGAGGAAGGUUCUUUGGGUGAGCACCACAGCUGUAAGCCACCAUGACCCGCGACAGGUCCUUGACAGACAUGUCGGCCAUUUCCCUCUCCAUUACUGCAUCGGCGACCUCUUUGAAGAUGACAUGGUCCCUCUUCCCCAGCCUCGAUAGCGCAAACACAGCCGUGCUGAGCGUGUGGAAGUCCGCACCCGAUGCCCUGCCUCUCAGCCGAGCCACAAGGACGUCGAUAAAUGCGGUAUUGUGUACAUGUUGAGAGGGCAGAGCCGCAUAGACGGCUAACAGCUGGGCGAUGGAUCGCGGCUCACAUCCCUCCCAGAAAGAUGCUGGCGCUUCAGCCAUCCACCUGGCCGAGUCCGUGAACACGUCAGUCAAUGGCCUGGGCAGCUUCGAGAGGGACCACAGGAGUGUCGUCAGCUGCCGGGGCGUCAGCUCGUGCAGCCGCCUUCUCAUAGCAUCUGCCACCCGAUCGAUCAGCUGCAAAAGAAAGAACAGAACAGAGAUGGACACAUCCACCGAUACCAAUCCACCUCCCAUCAUCUCACCGCCGGAUGUGCCUCGAGAUGGCCGCCCAGUCCACCCUCUGUGAGCAGCUUGGCCACGGCCCACACAGCACCCGAGAAAGCGGCCGGCGUGAGGGCAUCAUCUUGCUCGAUGGACGAGUGCAAGUCAGCCACCAAGGCGGCCAAGACCCGAUGGCCUUCAAGCGCCCUCACCAUCCAUGAUCUCUGGUUCCGUCCGUCGGCCCUGUCGACACAUCUGGCGAUGUGGUAGAGGCCGUAGGCACGGCUGAGGCUGUCACAUUCCGCCAUGUGGUCCUCAAUGAACUGCAGCAGCCGGUGACAGUCGCCGGCCAUUGCAGAGAUGGCAUCGGUCAUGGUUGCAGUGCCGGCAAUAGCAGCAUUGUUGCCGUUGACGGCUGAGGGCUGUGCUGGUGUGCAGAAGUGAUGGCGGGACAGCCGCGCAGCCUGCCGGCGAGCUGAGGCCAGGAGAUGCUGACUCAUCUCCCUGAAAGCAAGGAAACCGGGAACGCCGAUCAGUGAGGCCAUCUCAUUGAUCCAGGCUCCUCUUUUCCCUCUGUCCCCUCUUCCCCCUCGUGCGAGC